GUCAACACUGACGGGGUUUAUUAGACGGCAGGUGCCUAUGCUGAGCAAAGACGAGUUCAGUGCUGAACACUCCGUGAAGACAAGCGGCCGAACAUGAGGGUCUGUCUAGUAAUCGCUCUGUGCCUGUGUACAGUCUGCCUGCUUUCCAACGCUGUUGUGGUUAAAGAUGGAGAUUUGGUCUUCUCCCUGGACUCUGUGAAGACAUUAGGCAAUCUGAUGGCUGCAAGUGGAGGUGUGAAAAGAACUCGGAUGUCCCAGGGUACUUUCUCUGUGUGCACCAAUCCUGCUCUGCCUAAAGAGUUCUUGCCAGUGUGUGAGAGCCAGCAGCCAGACGUCAUUUUUUCAAGACUUGCCCGAAUAGCUGAGAAUCCGGAUGUGUGUGAGAUCUGCGCCUAUGCUGCUUGUACCGGCUGCUAAAGGACCCAAGGAGGAGCAGGAAUGGACUUGCUGUGCUCUGUGUUUGAUGUGUUCUUCAGGACAACAAUUUGAAAGUGCUUCCAUUAUAAUUCUUAUAUCAAGGCUGAAGCUAGCAGUG